AUGGACUUCAUCAACAAAAUGACGGCCGACAAAUCGGGCGCCCAAAAGCCGCAGAUGAGCACUCAAGAAAAUACAAGUUCGGCCGUCAGCGGCGGCAGUGGCCAGGGUCUUAUGGACAAGGUCAACUCCAUGACGGGAGGUGGUCCUCAAAGCGAGAAGAACGAGGACUACCUCGACAAGGGCGUCGACUUUGUCCAGGAGCAUGUCUUAGGUCAGGACCAACAAUCCAACGAAACCGCUGCCGAGCAGGCCAAGGACGAGGUCAUCUCCGACACCAUCCGCUCGAAGUACAAGGGGGCCACCGGUUCCGAAUUUCCCGUUCCUGAUAAAGAUAGGAAGUAUGGCUCCUCGUAA